UAUAAACGGUUUCAGCGGGCCAACUCUCACCGGACUGCUGUUGUCAUUUAGAAGACCCGAGACAUGAGAGAGGAAAUACCCUCGUUUUAGCACAUUUAUUUUCACGCAGUUAUGCGAUUGAUUUAGCGUUUAAAGUUAUCAGAGGAACGAGCAUCGCAUUUCCGUUUCAGACACUUGGGAAAACAAAGGCCGCCACCAUGAAAACUGUGUUAUCAACCGUGCGUUCCCUCAUGCAAAUCUUUGAUGGCAAAACCCAAGAUUUCAACAAGGAGAUUGACAAUGUCCACAUGGUAUGGCUUGAAGAGAUUGAGCAGGAAGCCAGUAACAUGUUCUCGAGAGAUUUUAAUACUGAACCCGAAUUGAUGCCAAAAACCCCAUCACAGAAAAAGAAUACUCGCAGGAAACGUGUAUCUUUGGGGCGUCAGGAAGAAAAUCAGUCGAGGCGAAGAUUUUCCAAGGGAAAGCGCAGUAACCUCCGUGGCUCCUCUGUCAAGUCAUUGAACUUCAUCACUGAAGAGGAAGCCGUUCCUGAGGCAUCCACCUCUGAGGCAAGCAAUUCCUCCCAGCCCAAACGCUCCACUCGCAAGAACAAACAGACAAAGCCUGAGGUGGUAGAGGAUGUGAGCCAGCCACCUCAAGCCAGCAGUGAACCGGGUGAGGUAAAGAACAAAAAACCAGAGCUGGUGGAGGAAGAAGCAGUGGAUGAAAGUGAUGCUAAAGGCCAGUCCCCACCUAAGAUGCCCCUGCCUGAGCUUGUUGUCAACAUUUCUCCCGAAGAACGCUCGACUGCCGAGCUCGCCCAGAAGCCAGAGCCGUCUCCUGGUCGUACGGCUGCUAAGAUUGCAAUAGCUGGAUCUUCUCAAAGUUCAAGGCGUAGCUCUGUUCGCUGCUCCCUCAAGCUCCGUCACUCACUGGCAGGUCUGCGCCACAGCAUGACGCAGGAGGCCGUUCGCCGUUCCACGCAACGCUCUAUGAUGAAGAGGAAGGCCGCUCGCAUGGGCAACUCAACCUGCAGCAGCAACACGGGUGAUGACUCUUGCAUGGAUUCUCUAAAUGAGGACAAUGGAGAAAUGAUGUCAGAAGCUGUGCCUGCAGACACGGUGGAUGAUGCGACACCAGAAAAAUCUCAAGAGUUUGUACAUCCAUCUGUUGGUCGUAUUACUCGUUCUGUGGCUGCAAACUCUCCCACGCUGGCUCCUCCCUCACUGUCACUCACUGUGUCCAAAGUGAGCACUCCUGACAACAGAAAAGUUGUCGCUGAGACUCAACAAAGUUCCCAGAAGCUACGGCGCAGUACUAAACGCAAGGCAUCAGAAACUGUAGAGGGAAGUCCUCUGAAGAGGUCUCCUCCCCCCAAGAAAAGCCAAAGUGCGAUCAGGCCCCACAUGAAGACUUUCCUCCACACUGUGCAGAAGAAUCAGUUGCUAAUGAUGACUCCAAAUUCUCUUGGCCGGACGGCUGUGAUCAGGUCCUUCAUCAAGCACACCACUCCUAUGAAGGCGGAUGCUAAGUUUGAUGCUGGUAUAGUGGCGAAAGAGCGUCGCAAACUGGAAGCACUUAAAAAGAAACAGGAGCAAGAGGAAGAAAGGAUGAAGAAAAUGGAGGAAGAGAGGAAAAAGAAACAGGAGGAGUUGAAGAAGAAGAGGGAUGAAAGGAUAAAGAGAGUGUUGGACGCCAAAGUAAAAGAAGAGCAGAAGGAGGAGGAAAAGAAAAAGAAGAUUGAGCAAAAAAUGGCUCAGAUUGGAGAGAAAAAUGACAAGCGUUUGGCAGAUGAGAAGGCCAAGAAGAAAGUGGCCAUAAAACGCCAAGAAGAGCUGGAGCAAAAGAAGAAGUUGGAAGAAGAGGCGAAAAAGAAAAAGCUUCAGCAAGCUGAGGAAGAGAAGCGGCAGCAGGAGUUGCUGGCGAAGAAGAAGGCCGAGGAGGAGGAGCAGCGAGCUCGUAAGCAGGCUGAAGCUCGCAAAGCGCUGGAGCUGAAGAGGGAACAGGCCCGUGAGAAAGAACGACUCGCUGCUAUUGAAAGGGAGCGAGUGGAAAAAGAAAAGGCUCUGGCUCUGCAACGUGAAGUGGAGAGAGCAGCGAGGGAGAAGGAGAUGAGAGAACUGGAAGAGAAAAGGAAGGCACUUGAGGAAAAAAGAAAACUGGAGGAGCAGCAGAGACUGGCUGCAAAGGAGAAAGCGGUUAAAGAGUUGGAGGCUGCUAAGCAGAGAGAGGCUGCUGCUAAACAGGCUGCUAAGACACAGGCUUCUGCUGCCCUGAAUGUGUCUGUGGAUAUGGAGCGUUCGGCCAUGACCACGCCCGUGAAAAAAGGUGCUGGCCUCAAUGUAACCGUGGAUUUGGAGCAAUCCACGUUACAGUCCUACGACAUCACUCCAAAGGGGGGGAACAAACCCUUGUCUGUGUCCAAAAGUGCGGAGGAUUAUGGAAUGGACCAAAACAGCGACGACUCCACUGACGAUGAGUCCGCCCCGAGAAAACCUGUUCCGUCCUGGGCAGAAGGUGCCAGUCUGCAGCAAGUGAUCAUAAAGCAGUACUACAACCCUCCUGACUUGGACUCUUUCUUUGGCAUAAUCGAGCCACCGAGACUGGAAGACAUAUUUUGCAAGAGCAAGCCCCGAUACUUCAAACGUACCAGCUCUGCAGUGUGGUACUCGCCUCCAUCUGGAGCCAAGUAAUGUCCGUACACUGGCACUGACUUGUGUGUGUGUGCGUGUGUAUAUAUAUAUAUUUACACUGCUGUAAAAAGUUACAUUUUUAAGAUCUUAAAUAAAGUAAUGUUUUGUUUUUUUUGUGAAUGA